GACACGUUGUAUAUCUAUUUGUUAACUAAUGGCUGUUAACAAGUGCUACAGUAGUAGUUAACAAAUCGUUUGUGUCUGAUGGCCAUGCAGCGGUUGUUAUCUAUAUUCGUUUUGUAAAAAAAUCUGUAUGGCAAAUGUUUUUUGUUAAAUCUUUAUUUAACAAAGCAAACUUGUAUUUUCGUACGAAAUACAGAAAAUUAACGCGGCCCCCCCUUAGGAAAACCGUUAUCACCCAGAGAGUUGUGAAUUUGUGGAAUUCCCUGCCACAGAGGGCAGUGGAGGCCAAAUCACUGAAUGGUUUUAAGAGAGAGUUAGAUAGAGCUAUAGCGGCUAGUGGAAUCAAGGGAUAUGGGGAGAAGGCAGGCACGGGUUACUGAUUGUGGACGAUCAGCCAUGAUCACAAUGAAUGCCGGUGCUGGCUUGAAGGGCCGAAUGGCCUCCUCCUGCACCUAUUUUCUAUGGUUCUGUAUCUGGUUCAUUGGACAACACUAAAUCCAGAAUUGCCUUUUCUCUGGUCGGCUCCAUUACAAGCUGCUUUAAGAAUCCAUCUCGGAGACACUCUACAUACUCUCUUUCUUGGGGUCAUGAAAACCAACCUGAUUUUCCCAGUCUACCUGCAUAUUGAAAUCCCCCAUCGCCACAGUGGCAUUACCUUUGUUACAUGCCAGUUUUAACUCCAACUGCAACUGAUCCAGGUGUUCUCCUCAUUUCCCCUUAAUUGAUAAUAUAUAUUAAAAUCCUGUUAAUAAACUUAAAUGCAUUGAUAUGAUUGGUUUGCUGCAAAGGAAUUGUAAAUAGUGUAAAUAAUGUUGCAAGACCGUUACCUUGCUGUUUGUUGAUUCACCAAAGUGUUAAGCCCUGGCAGGAUAGUUUUGAAUUCCAGGGUAAAUGUUGCAUUAUUCAGUUAGUUAGCUUCCUUCCAGAAGCCUCUCCAAGAAACAAUGUAUGGGAGACUCUGUAAUUGGUUUGGGGAACUGUCUAUAAUGUAUUGAUGUAAUUAAUAUGUUUGAUUGGACUGUAAAGAGACCACCCCCAUGUAGUUUGGCCCCUCAAGGUUUGUGGACCUAUAAAAGGUGGCUCCAUCUUAGGUCGAGGUUAAUCUUCCGGAAGUGCGCUUGGGACUGCAUGACCUUUUGGAGUGUUUCUGCUUGCACAAGGCUGAAGUGUUUGGCCAGGCAGAGACAAGGAUCGAACCCGCAGUGGUUUAGGUAUCGUAUAUGGGAAUUUGCUGUUCAAUCUAAAAAUAAAGUUUAGUUGUUCCAGUGCUUGACUCAGUGGUUUUUGACUGAACGAGACUGAGGGGAUAAUCUUGAGAAGAGCGUAUUUACAGGAGAACGUACAAACUCCGUACAGACAAGCCCCACCCGUAGUUGAGCCUGGGCCUCUGGCGCUAUGAGGCAGUAGUUUGAUCACUGAACCACUGUGCGCACUCUGUACUGUUCUACGUUCAAUGCUCUAUGUUCAAGUACAAUGAAAAUGGUGGUUUAAGAUACCACAUCAUUCUUACAGCGGAAUUUGAUGACAGCACAAAGAGAGGCAUCACAGUUGUUCUUUGUUGGUCCUCUGCACCAUAUUCUUCUAGAAUUAAAUUCCAUCGGGACAGUCAAAGGCAAUCUGCUGUUCAGAGCUGAUACGUCCGUGAAUCCCACUCUGUUGAUUUCUUUAACGGUUACUGUAAGGGCAACGACAUAAAAUGUUCAAAUGUUUGGACCUAUUUCGUCGAAGCAAGACCAGCCACGAAUUCUUCCACAACCCAGAAGAAGAUAUUGACUACAAAAUGAGAGACAAUGUUUAUACCAAACAGAUUAAGGAUUACGGAGAGGCGUUGCAGAAUACUCAUCUUCCAUUGUAUAACAGGCUGCAGGCAGCGGUUUCAUUGGGCAUAAUAAGUUAUACAGGUGGGCCGGAAGCUGCCAACUGUGUGCAGGCCUACAUCGAGCCUCUCCUGCGCUACCUGAACCAGACCAUUUACACGGAGGAGGACCAGAUCACAGUGCUCCAGAGCUUGGCGGGGAUCUGCUACAACAACACCGCCAACCAGAGUACCGUGGUGGACCAGCAGAUCCUGACCACUCUGGUGUCCAUGAUCAACAGUAGGAACAGCAAUGUCAUGUCCAUCAAGGUCAAGUUCUGGGCCUGCUACCUGCUCCACGUCUUGUGCUGCAACAACAUUCCCAUAAUCCGGCGCCUGAAUAAGGCCAAGUAUCUGCACCCCAGUCUCAUACAUUUAUCCGAGCUCUCUUGGAUUGGUUGGCCAGACAAUUAUGCCCAAGUGCUGAUCUACAUUCUAGGGUUUGAGAAGCAAAGCCAAGCUUUGUAGCGACAUUUCAAAAUGUCCAUUAAAGUCACUUAAUACUUCAAUCUUCUGAUUAUUUUCAAGGAACACAAUGUUUUAACUUAAAUAAAAUCACCGUUUUGUUGGGAACAACUGUGUCUUCUUCCGGUGUAAGGCCAUCAACACACAUUUAUUGGGACACAUCACAGUUUGGUUUG